CCUGGAAUGGAUGGAGAUUGCUCUCCACGUCAGCCUACGUCUAAAAAUUUCUGCCUCGCGAACCUGCUUCAAAGAGGCAAGAGCCAGGGCGCUCCAGAGCCAUGUAAAGGGCGGCUAUAGAGGCAUGACCCACAUAGAGUAGUAGAGUGAAGGAGUGAUGGAUUUUGACGAGCGGGUCCCCGUCGGUUCGAACAUGUAUUUGCCCAGUUGCACCUACUACGUCUCGGCGGGGGCAGACUUCUCCGGUCUACCCUCGUUUUUGUCCCAGACCCCGUCUACUCGGCCCAUGACAUAUUCGUACUCCUCUAACCUGCCUCAGGUCCAGCCGGUGAGAGAGGUGACGUUCAGGGACUAUGCCGCCAUUGACGCGUCCGGUAAAUGGUCACACCGGGGGAACCUGCCCCAGUUCUACCCCACCACGGAGGACAUGGUACAUCGGGACUGUCUGUCCUCGCAGCCCACCAUGGGGGAAAUGUUUGCCAAGAACAACCCUACCGCCGCUGCUGCGUAUCACCACCACUCCGGCGCGGGCUGUGCAGUGUCCAAUUUCUACGGGAACGUUGGCAGAAAUGGGGUGCUGCCCCAAGCCUUCGAUCAGUUUUUCGACACAGCGUACGCCAACGCCUCAGAAACACCGUCGUCUAACGACUACUCAGGGGACAAAACGGCAACCAAGCAGACAAGCUCCGCCGCAGAACACGCGCCCUCGUGCCGGGAAACGGAGGGGAAGGAGCCGCGCGAAGAUACCAGCAGCCCGGAGUCCUCUUCCGGCAACAAUGAGGAGAAAUCGAGCAGCAGCAAUGGACAGAGGACUCGUAAAAAAAGAUGUCCUUAUACAAAAUAUCAGAUCCGAGAACUGGAGAGGGAGUUCUUUUUCAGUGUGUAUAUCAACAAAGAGAAGAGACUGCAGCUCUCUCGGAUGCUGAACCUCACCGACCGCCAAGUGAAAAUCUGGUUUCAGAACCGAAGAAUGAAGGAAAAGAAAUUAAACAGAGACAGAUUACAGUAUUACACCACGAACCCGCUGCUUUAGGAGUGACUUGUCAUAUGCGUUUACAGACUUAUUGACUCGCUGUGGUCUCUUUCCCCUGACAUAUGUGUCAGCAACAACAACACAACAACAGCAAUGGCUGUAGCUGCAACACGAUGCUCAACUGUUAAUUUCAAGUUCGUGGACAGGCAGCAGAAUCUCUCCUGAUUUCAAACCGUUUGAGAAUGAGCAUGAUUUAACUGACACACUGACGGCAUUUUGGCCAUCAGACUUUGUUAAAGAAAAUUAUUUCUGCGGAUGUUGUCCUCACCAAGACUAUGUUCUCUUUCUUGUGUAUCCUAAUAUUAUUGACACAGAGUCGCCUUCAUUUUCUUCUC